AUGUUCCCCGGCGUCUUCCUGACCAUCACGCUCGGUCUCGUGUCCAUCUUCACCAGUUAUAUCGUCGGCCAGGUCAAGCUUCUGUAUCCUAAUGUGUCGCAUUACGCCGAUGCUGGUCGACUCUUGUUUGGUCGCUUCGGCUACGAGGUUUUUGGUGCUGCCCUGGUUCUCGAGCUUGUCAUGGUUGUCGGUUCUCACGCCCUGACUGGUAGCAUUGCCCUGAUCGACAUCGCCGACGGUCGCGUCUGUUCCAUCGUCUUCUCGGCCGUCUCAGCUAUCAUCCUUCUGAUCCUCGCUAUCCCUCCUAGCUUCACCGAGGUCGCGAUCCUCGGUUACAUCGAUUUCGUCUCUAUUGUCGCCGCCAUUGGUAUUACCGUUAUCGCGACCGGUAUCCAAGCCAGCGACUCACCUGGCGGCCUCUCUGGCGUGGGGUGGUCAGCCUGGCCCAAGGAGGAUCUCAGCUUUUCCGAGGCUUUCGUCGCCGUGAGCAACAUUAUUUUCGCCUUCAGCUUUGCCAUUGGUCAAUUCUCCUUCAUGGACGAGAUGCACACGCCCACCGAUUACAUGAAGUCCAUCUACGCGUCCUGCUUUAUGCAGAUCUGCAUCUACACCCUGACCGGAGCCCUCUGCUACGCCUUUAUCGGUCCCUCGGUUCAAUCGCCUGCUCUUCUUUCGGCCGGUCCUCUUAUUUCGAAGAUCGCUUUCGGAGUCGCCUUGCCCGUCAUCUUCAUUUCGGGUUCGAUUAACUCGACUGUUGCGCUGCGAUACAUCCACGGACGAAUGUUCAAGGACUCGAUUCUACGAUACAUCAACACCCCCAAGGGUUGGGCCAGCUGGAUCUUCCUUGUCACAAUCUUCACCAUCGUCGCUUGGAUCAUCGCUGAGGCUAUCCCCAUCUUUUCCGACCUUCUCUCCCUUGCAUCCGCCCUCUUCGUGUCCGGUUUCUCGUUCUGGAUCCCAGCCGUCAUGUGGUUCAUGUUGCUCCGCGAGGGCAAGUGGUAUUCCAAGAAGAAUAUCUACAUGAGUCUCGGUAGCAUUCUUGCCUUUGUUAUUGGCGCUGUCACGCUUGUUGCCGGAACGUAUGCUACGAUUGAAGAUAUUAUCAAAAUCACGUCCGAUGGCUCUGCUCACGCCCCAUUCACCUGUCGUUCAAGUUAG